AUGCCUCUGAUGCUGUUGGCAUGCUGCGUGCUCGCGACCUCGGCCUCCCAGAGCAGGGUGCUGGUCCUGAUGGACGAGCCGAGCUUGGCCGAGACGCACUCCCGUUUCCUGGGGGGUCUGCGCGCGCAGGGCCACGACCUGGACGUGCAGCCUAUCGAUGCCGCCAGCCUGCGCCUGGUCCGAUGGGGAGACUGGAUCUACGACAAGCUGGUCAUCCUAGGGGGCAGGAAGGGCCUGGGUGGGGCGCUGGACGUCGCCCUGGUCCUCCAGUUCUUCGACGCUGGGCACGACGUGAUCCUGGCCCUGGACCCGGCGGCAGGCCCGGAGCUGCGGGAGCUGGCCUCGGAGCUGGGGGUGGACGUGGACGCGGCCGAGGCGCGCGUGCUGGACCACUCUGCGUACGACGGCGCCCUGGCCGCGACGGCACACGACGUUGUGCACGCUGACGUCAGCGUGGGCCUGAACCGCCACGUUUUCCCCGCCGGCAUCCACGGCCCCGUCCUGUUCUCCGGCGCCGGCCUCUCCGUCUCCCCGGAGAGCAGCACGGCCUUUGUGGCCCUGAAUGCGGGACCCACCGCCUACGGCGGCGAGCCGGGGAAGGCCGUGACCGUCGCCCGCCUGGCCGGGCGGGGGGUCGGUCUCGUGGCCCUCAUCCAGGCCCGCAACAACGCCCGCGCCGCGGUGACGGCCUCCCUGGACUUGCUCUCCGACGCCUUCUUCAGCGCGCAGGCCAUCAGCCCAGAGGGGAAGAGCCUGGGCUCCAGCGCCAACGAGGCGGCGGUGGAUGCCCUGGCGCGCUGGGCGCUGAGUCAGCGUGGCGUGCUGAUCGUGCGCUCCGUCAGCCACCGCGUGGUGGGGGGCGAGGUGGAGCCCGAGCGCUACCGCGUGAAGGACGAGGUGGAGUUCUCGGUGCGCAUCGACCGCUUGACCGACGGCGAGGUGGCGCCCUACGCCGCGGAGGACGUGCAGGUGGAGCUGACCAUGCUGGACCCCCACGUGCGCGCCACGCUGACGCACGACGGCGCCGGCACCUUCUCCGCGCGCGUGACCGCACCCGACGCCUACGGCGUCUUCAAGUGGGUGCUCAGCUACCGGCGUCGGGGGCUGACGGGGCUGGAGCUGAGCCGGACGGUGCCCAUCCGGCCCUUCGCCCACGACGAGUACGAACGCUUCAUCUUCCAGGCGUACCCAUACUAUGGCAGCAUCUUCAGCCUUAUGGCAGCGUUCCUGGCGACAGGGGCGGCCUUCCUGUACACAAAGUGA